AUGUUUUUUAAAUUUUUAUUAUUAAUAAGCUUUUGUGUGGCCAAUGGGAUAGACAACAGUUGCACUAUACCGUUUCCCAAUCUUUUCGUUGAUUAUAAGUAUUGUUGUAAAUGGCCUAGUUGGUUUGACGAGCAUAAUGUGAGAAGUUGCGCUAACAAUUUUGAAACUUCUGAAGAAAUACAUAAAGAUAUUCAGGUUUCUCAAUGUUUGGCCGAGUGUGUUUUUAGCACUAAUGGUAUACUGCACAACUACACAAUAGAGCAGAAAGGGGUACUUGAAUGGGCUAAUGCAGAAAUGGAUAAUCUCGAUGUACAGGAUCCUCACAUUCGACAUUUACACCAAGUGGCAUCGUGGCUUUGCGUUAAAUCAGCUUCAAAAAUAGAUCGUUUCAUAAACUACUAUGAAUGCCGCGCAACAGUAAAUGCUUACCUGCAAUGCUAUGAAACAAUGUUAUUAUACUAUUGUCCUUCACAGCUGAAAAAUAUUGAAGAAAAUGUAUGCAGAGCGUAUUGGAACUCUAUGUUAGGAUGCUAUAUACAUAGACCUGAUUUUGCAAUUGAUGCUAAAUUUAAAUAUUAACGUUUUGGAUUCAAUAAUUCUCCG